AUGAAAUUAGAAUGUCACUCCGGCAGAGAACCUACCUAUUGGCCUACCGACAGACAAAGAAUCCCAGACUUAUUGGACUUUUUUAUUGUUAAAAACAUAGAUAGUAACUACUUAAACAUAGAACCUCGAAUAGAUCUCACAUCUGACCACACACCAGUUAUACUGAAUGUUACUACAACAGUUAAUCUAGUAGCACCGCUCCUAAGGAUAUACAACUCGAACACUACAGACUGGACAAUUUAUAAAAAUAAAAUCACAACAGAGACAGAACUAAAGACCAAAAUUAAUACAAUAGAAGAACUUGAAAGACAACUGGAACAACUUAAUAUGACUAUUCACAUUGCUGCCAAUUCUGCAACUCCAAAAAGGACAGGUAAUGGACAACCUCUGAAACAUAACUCAUAUCCAAAAGAUAUUAAAGAGAAAAUACAAGAGCGUCGACGUUUGAGAAAAAUCUGGCAUACUACGGGAUAUCCAAGUGAUAAAACUGCAUUCAAUAGACACUCAAAUGAACUUAAAGCUUUUAUCAGCACCCUAGAAAAUGAUAAUAUUCAACACUAUCUCUCAAAUCUAGAUCCAACGAGAGACACAAACUACUCACUAUGGAAGGCUACGAAGAAUCUAAAGCGCCCGAAAAACCAUAUAUCACCUAUCAAUGAUGAAAAAGGAGGAAAGAGGAGGAGAUCAGAUAAAGAAAAGGCAACAAUCUUUGCGGAACAUCUGAAAACAGUUUUCCAACCACGCCCUGAAAACAAUCUCGAACACACUAUGGAAAUCAAAGAAUACCUCGAAUCAGCGAAUCAAAUGUGUUUACCACUAAAAAGUACCAGCCCUAAAGAAAUUGUGGAAGAAAUAAGGAACCUCAAGGAUGGUAAAGCACCCGGCUAUGACCUGAUUGAUGCCACAUUACUUAAAAACCUGCCUCAUAAAGUCAUGGUGCCAAAACCCGGUAAAACCCCACACGAAGCAACUUCAUACAGACCUAUCAGCCUGCUACCAGUUAUUGGCAAACUGUUUGAGAGGAUAUUGCUUAACAGAAUGAAAGAACAUCUAAGUACAGUAUUACAGAACCACCAAUUUGGAUUCCGGGAAAAACACGGGACAAUUGAACAGGUACAUCGUAUAGUUGACACCAUCAGCAGAUGCCUCGAAAACAAAUUAUAUUGCUCUGCAGUCUUUUUGGAUGUUAGCCAAGCGUUUGAUAAGGUAUGGUAUGACGGCCUCCUGUUCAAGCUAAAGAAGCAUCUCCCACAUUGUCUAUUCCUAAUAUUGAAAUCCUACUUAGAUAAAAGAUGCUACCAAGUGAAGUACGGCGAUGAUCUCUCAGAAGUACACGAAUUAAAAUCAGGUGUCCCUCAGGGCAGUAUAUUGGGCCCUAUACUAUACCUCAUUUUUACAGCAGAUAUCCCAACAACUGACUACACAACGACUGCGACAUACGCUGAUGAUACGGCGCUUCUGUCGGCUCAAAGCAACCCAGAAACGGUAUCAUCACAGAUGCAAAACCACCUGAUAGAAGUUGAGAGGUGGCUGAACCAUUGGAGAAUAAAAGCCAAUGAGAGCAAAUCGGUACAUGUAACGUUUACUCUUAGGAGAGAAACAUGUCCAUCGGUAACGCUAAACUACAAAGUUAUCCCUCAAGAAAAUAACGCAAAAUACUUGGGCAUGUACCUUUACAGGAAACUUACACGGCAAAAACACUUUUGGACCAAGCGCAAACAACUAGAUGGAAAACUGCGAAAACUGAACUGGUUAUUGGGACGCAAAUCACAACUAAAUCCUAACAGCAAGAUGCUAGUGUACAAAACCACCAUAAAACCAAUCUGGACUUACGGGAUACAACUGUGGGGAACGGCCAGCAACAUUGAUAUAGAUAUCUUGGAGAGAUUCCAGACCAAAGCUCUGAGAACAAUGUUUGGCAUCUCUCGUAGUAUAAGUAAUAGAUACGUAUACCUCGACCUCGGCCUAAAAACAGUUCGACAGGAAGUAGCUCAAAACAGCCUGAAAUACCAGGAGAAGCUGACCGCCCAUGUAAACAAACUGGCACACGCUCUGAGCGGAGAAGGCGCUCUUCAGCAUACCCGGCUAAAAAGAAGUGACGUAGCGAGCCUACAUAAAAGAUUUACCACCUGA